AUGCGCGAUCGAGUCUCUUCUGUAGAUGUCGCGCCGGGGAGGAUUCUCUCCGCAUGGAAAAAAAGCUCAGACAAUGGAUUGCCUAUUCAGGCAGUUAGGGCUCAGGGCUUCCCCGGGGAUGAGUCGCUGUGGUCUGCGUCCCAAGAAGCCCCUCCUCGCCGCGCGUGCCUCGCUUUCUUUAUGCCCCGCCCCUCCCUCCUAUCCCUCUGGCCGUCCCACCCACGGUUCUUUUCUUUGGUGACUUUCAGGGCUAUGUCGACUCGCCAGCAGCCGCCCUGGCGGCAACCUGCCUCGCACGCGGACGCGCAACUCCCGCCCUUGAAGGUGUGGAACUCGUUGACCAAGUCCAAGACGCCUUUUAUUCCCAUCGACCCUGCCGGCAAGAAGGUGACUUGGUACGCGUGCGGACCGACGGUGUACGAUGAUGCGCAUUUGGGCCAUGCCCGAAAUUAUGUUAGCACCGAUAUUAUUCGGCGCAUCAUGCGCGACUAUUUCAAGUUCGACGUCAACUUUGUGAUGAACAUUACCGACGUGGACGACAAGAUUAUCCUCCGCGCGAGACAACAGCACGUGUUCAAUGAAUUUGUCGCCGCCAGUCCUGUCAUUACUCUGGAGGUCUUGGAUACCGCCAAAAGCGCCUUUGCAGCAUACCUCAAGAAGAACCUGCCCUUGCUGGACCCGGAAAUACUCCCCUCGAAGUACCAGGAUGAGGUGGAGAAGAAAUACGCGACUGUGUUGAAUGGUGGUACCCUCCCCGGAAAUGAAAAAGCGGGCGACGAUGAGGCCAAGGUCAAAAUGCACAUUAAAACCGCUGCUUCGGCUGCGAAGGUCAUGGCUGAAGUCGAAACUCGUGCGACCUCGUCCGAUCCUACUGUCUUCGCCGAGUCGUUCUACUCGAAUGCGCAGGACCUCUUGUUGCCGUAUCUGGAUAAACUGAAGGGGUCCUCGAUCGAUGCCGACGAUCAUGGAAUCUUUACCAAGUUGACGAGAAAGUACGAGGAGCGGUUCACCAACGACAUGCGGGAUCUUAAUGUCCUCGACCCGGACGAGUUGACCCGCGUGACCGAAUACGGGGAUGCCAUUGCCGGGUUCGUCGAGCGCAUUGUUCAGAAUAAGUUUGGAUACGUGACAGCAGAUGGAUCGGUAUACUUCGACAUUAACGCUUUCGAAGCGGCGGGCCAUCCCUAUGCACGACUCGAGCCGUGGAGCCGAUCUGACAACAAACUUGUUGCCGAGGGAGAGGGCGCUUUGACCAACGAGACGACAGAAAAACGUGGGGCUUCGGAUUUUGCGCUGUGGAAGGCAUCGAAGCCAGGAGAGCCCAGCUGGGCCAGUUCUUGGGGCAAAGGUCGCCCAGGAUGGCAUAUUGAAUGCUCGGCCAUGGCCUCAGCCAGGUUGGGUCAGCAGAUGGAUAUUCACUCUGGAGGCAUUGACCUUGCUUUCCCUCACCACGACAAUGAGCUGGCUCAAAGUGAGGCUUACUGGGAUGACAAACACGAUCAUCAGCACGAGCAGUGGGUCAACUACUUUUUGCACAUGGGCCAUCUGUCUAUCCAAGGAUCGAAGAUGUCCAAGUCGUUGAAGAAUUUUACCACCAUCCGUGAAUCCCUCGACCGAAAAGACUGGACCCCAAGAAGCUUGCGGAUCGUGUUCCUUCUGGGUGGCUGGAAAGACGGCGUGGAAAUCACCGAUGAGCUUGUGAGUACAGGUAACUCAUGGGAAGACAAGGUGAACAACUUCUUCCUGAAGAUGAAGGACCCGGCGGCCUUCCAGGGAUCUUCGUCUGGUACCGACAGCACUUUUGGCGCUGAUGUGGACGCGGCCAAGGCGGCCGUCGAUGGCUUCCUUUGCGAUUCCUUCAACACUGUCGGCGCAAUGCAAGCCAUUUCAGAGCUCAUCACGAAAUACAACAGCGCGGACAAGUCCACUCUCAACCCGAAGGAUGUCGAGGCUGCUGCACGAUGGAUUACUUCUAUCGUCAACAUCUUCGGCCUCAAUGGUGCCGCCGCCGCCGAUAGCACCGAGAUCGGUUGGUCAGGAAUCGACGUUCCUGAGGAGGCCAAGCCUUUUCUUUACCCGCUUUCCGCCAUCCGUGACUCGCUCCGGCAAACAGCGCGCGCAAAGACCGGGAUUUCACUCAAGGAAGUCGAAGCAGCCCUGAGCCGUGGGGAAUCGCCCACGGACGUUCCAGAGUCGGCGAAGCCCUAUGCCCAUCUCCUCUCGACCUUCCGAGCCAAGGUCAUCUCGCUUGAGUCAUCUGACUCGAUUGAGAAAGAGGUUCUGACACUGUGCGAUCGUGUGCGGGAUGUCGAUCUCUUUGACAUGGGUAUCUAUCUCGAGGACCGGGAUAACCUGCCCGCUCUCGUGCGGCCCGUGACCCGGGAGAUGAUUCAGGCGCGAGAGGAAAAGGCGGCGCGGGCGCACCAAAAGCAGCUGGAAAAGCAAAAGCAAGAGCAGGAGGCAUUGAAGCGGCUGGAGAAGGGCAAGCUGAGCCACCUGGAGAUGUUCCGCACCAACGAGUACAGCGCCUGGGACGACGAAGGGAUUCCCACACGCGAUGCUGCAGGCGAGGAGAUCACCAAAAGCCGAGUGAAGAAGCUCCGCAAGGACUGGGAGCGCCAGAAAAAGGCGCACGAGGCGUGGCAGGCCAGUCAGUCGGCCAAAUAG